CUAGAUACGUCAGAAGGUCCCUUCUCCCACUCCGAAAUAGAAUCAACCGCGGUGGGUGGGGAGGAGUUGCAGGCUUGCAGAGUGGACUACAGUGGGCUCAGUGCUGGUGGAAGAGAAGUAAUGAGACCUCGAGCAUGGCAGGACUGUGAGAUAGGUGGCACCGGGUCUGCCAGCUCUGACACUGCAGGAUCACUCCCCAGUGCCCCCAGCAAGGAUCCUCUGCAGCUGACUGCCUGGUAACUAUCAAAAGCAUGGAUUCAGACUUGCCAGCUGCCCCACACGUACUUGGCAGAUCACAGCUAAAUGCUGCCACUUGUGCUGACGGACAUGAAGAAACCCAAAAAUCCGCACCAUCUACUCCCGGGUCUGCUGGAGUAUUUGCAGCUGUGCCAGAGGACUUAAACGAGGAUGAGGAUGCCCAGCUGCAGGAGCUGCUGGAGAAAGCUAGGACCGGGGAUGCAAAGGCGCAGAGUGAGGUGGGAAAAUACUACUUGAAACUUGCUGAAGAGCAGGAUGAAGAAGUGAACAGCUGUGCUGCAGUAAACUGGCUGAUCCAGUCAGCCAAGCAAGGUCGGAGGGAGGCGGUGAAGCUUCUGCGGAAAUGUUUGGCAGACAGAAGAGGAAUCACAAAUGAAAAUGAGAGCGAAGUGAGGAAGCUUUCCACAGAAACGGAUUUGGAGAGGGCUGUGAGGAAGGCGGCGCUAGUCAUGUACUGGAGAAUGAACCCGAAGAAGAAGCAGCAGCUUUCCGUGUCUGAGCUACUGGAGAACGUCGGACACAUCAAUGCUGAAGAUGGGGAGCAACAGCCUGGCCCGAUCCCAAAGUCUGCUCAGAAGGAGCGCCGGGUACUGGAGCGUUUGGUCAGCAGUGAAGCUAAAAGUUUCAUUGCCGUGGAUGAUUUUGUGGAGAUCGCCAAAAAAUAUGCAAAAGGGAUUGUACCGUCCAACUUGUUCCUGCUUGAUGAUGAGGAUGAUGAGUUUGCUGGGAAGGGCCCGGAGGAGCUGCCUCUUCAACAAAAGAUUAUGAAGUAUCCACUGCACGCCAUCAUGGAACUAAAAGAGUUCCUCAUAGACAUGGGGUCAAAGGCCGGGAUGCACUGGCUGUCUACCAUUAUACCUACACACCACAUCAACGCACUCAUCUUUUUCUUCAUCAUCAGUAACCUUACCAUAGAGUUUUUUGCCUUUUUCAUCCCUCUGGUCAUAUUCUACUUGUCCUUCAUCUCCAUGGUCAUUUGCACCCUGAAAGUUUUCCAGGACAGCAAAGCCUGGGAGAACUUCCGCGCACUGACAGACCUGCUGCUUCGAUUUGAGCCGAACCUGGAUGUUGAACAAGCAGAAGUGAAUUUCGGGUGGAACCAUCUAGAACCAUAUCUCUACUUCCUGAUCUCUGUCUUUUUCGUCAUCUUUUCAUUCCCCAUAUCAGACAGACACUGGAUUCCCUGCUCGGAGCUGGCCAUUAUCUCCGUCUUCUUCACAGUUACCAGCUAUCUGAGCCUGAGUACGAGUGCUGAACCGUACACCCGGAGAGCUUUAAUAACAGAAGUGGCUGCUGGAGCACUCACCUUUUUGAAUUUGCUGCCGGAUUCUGUGCCAUAUGUUGGAUUACUUAGCAAAACAUUCUUUACCUUACCAGUUGGUCAUUUUAUUGAGUUCCACAUCAGCAUCCCUUGCAUACUCUUCAUAUACUUAUUUUACCUUUUCUUCAGGAUGGCACAGCUGCGGGGUUUCAAGGGCGUAUACUGCUAUCUGAUACCGUACCUGGUGUGCUUUAUGUGGUGCGAGCUUUCUGUUGUCAUUCUUCGUGAAUCUACCACCAUAGGCCUUAUCCGUGCUUCUAUUGGCUAUUUCCUCUUUCUCUUCGCCCUUCCCGUACUCUUAGUCGGCAUUGCUGUCAUGUGUGUCGUCCAUUUCAUAAAGUGGUUUCUGUGUUUAGAGCUGACCAAGAUUGUGGUGACCCUUGUCUUGUGUACGGUUCCACUGGUUCUCCGUUGGUGGUCCAAAGCCAACUACUCAUUGGUCGAAAUGGUCAAGACGAUCACUAAAAGCUCCAUAGUGAAGCUGAUACUGGUGUGGAUCACAGCCAUCGUCAUGUUCUGCUGGAUAUACGUCUACCGUUCAGAAGGAAUGAAGGUUUAUAACUCCACGCUGACUUGGCAGCAGUAUAGCUUUUUGUGUGGCCCUAGGUCAUGGAAAGAGACCAACAUGGCAAGGACCCAGAUCUUAUGUAGCCAUUUGGAAGGUCACAGGGUGACUUGGACAGGGAGGUUCAAAUACGUCCGAAUCACGGACAUUGACAACAGUGCUGAAUCUGCUGUGAACAUGCUACCCCUCCUUAUCGGAGACUGGAUGAGAUGCUUGUACGGAGAGGUGUACCCAGCUUGCGAUCCACAGAAUGUCACCAUAGAAGAAGAAGAACUUUGUCGCCUCAAGUUCCUUUCAAAGCAUACCUGCCACAUGAAGAAGUUUGACAGGUAUAAGUUUGAGAUAUCAGUUGGUAUGCCCCUAAACGGCAAAAAUGGAAACAGGACGCUGGAAGAAGAUGACGCCACUAAAGAUAUAGUGCUGAAAGCGAGCAAUGAGUUCAAAACUGUGCUGCUGAGCUUGCGGCAGGGGAGCAUGAUAGAAUUCAGCACCAUACUGGAGGGCCGUCUAGGGAGCAAGUGGCCGGUCUUUGAACUGAAAGCCAUUAGCUGCUUAAAUUGCAUGGCCAAGCUUACUCCAGCUUCCAGACACGUCAAGAUAGAGGACGACUGGAGGCGCAGUGUCCACACGGCCUUUAAAUUCGCCUUUGACUUUUUCUUUUCUCCCUUCCUCUCUGCUGUAUGAAAACGUCCAUAUAGGAACUGUUAACUGUAAUUACGUCAGUAUGCUAAACGCCAAAGUGAGUUUUCCUCUUAGAGCUUAGUACUACUUGCACUUUGUCACUUGUGUAUGUGUGUAUUGGAAGAGUGCUAACUGAUAUUUGUCAUUAAGUUACACGUCAGAAACAUGUAAUUGUGCACAUGUUGUAUUUUGUUUACAUAGACAUGACACUUUCUUGAGCGCCAUAUUGCGCCUUUUUUGUUUUUAGUUGUUCACAAAAUCAACCAAAACUGCUUCAUGUAGGGGGAAUUGUUCCAAGCCUUCUAAAGAGGACCAGUGGAGGUGUUGAUCUUUGUAACCAAUCAGCUUCUAGCUAUCAUUUAUCAAGUGCAGUCUAUAAAAUGAUAGCUGGAAGCUGUUUGGCUGCAAUGAGUAACUCCGCCACAUAUCCUGUUUAGAGGGGUUGAUAUAUCUCCUUGGUGGUAUGCCUGCAAACCUAAGAUAAUGUCUUUCAUAUUGACUUUUAUAGCUACUACUUUUGAUGCCUCUUAUCUCAACUAUGUAAUGACUUCUGGCUUGCGCUCCUACAGCUUAAAGGAGAACCCAACCUAACAUUUUUUGAAAGCCUUAUGUAUGCAUUCACAUUUAUAGAGAUGGGAAAACUCUUCAAUACAUUCAUAACGGUAGGAACUGCUUACACUGUCCAUUGGCCUGAUAUAUGGCGGCGUGAAGCCACUGGCUGAACACAGAGAUGGUUAAUAUUGUUCUGAGGUAUAGAACGAAUACACCCUGCAGGUUGGUGGCUCCAGACCUGCCAUAGAGAGAGUACCAGACUCUUUUGUAAUAAUCCGAGUAAGACGGACAAACAGCACAACAGUAGUUAGGGCAGAGGUUCUCAAACUCGGUCCUCGGGGGCACACACAGUGCAUGUUUUGCAGGUAACCCAGCAGGUGCACAUGUGUAUUAAUUACUCACUGACACAUUUUAAAAGGUCCACAGGUGGAGCUAAGUAUUUCACUUGUGAUUCUGUGAGGAGACCUGCAAAACAUGCACUGUGUGGGCCCCCGAGGACCGAGUUUGAGAACCUCUGAGUUAGGGGAUAAAGGCUUUUUACUGAAAUAAUCGUUUUGGUUGGAGUUCUCCUUUAACACUGCAAAGGUAUGAGUUAACUAUUAGGGGCUUUCUGUAUACAGUAGUUGCAACAUACUCAUGAACAUAACAGCACAGUAUUAUUAUUUCUGUUUAAUAAACCACUAACCCUAAAUCACAGAGUUCUACAAUAUAACAAAUAAUCUGGUGAUAUUCACAAAUGUGAAUGUUAAGUGUAUGUCCGCACUGACAUAUUGUCUCUACCCUUGUUGGCUAAUAUAUGUAUUAUGGACAUCUCUUAUACCAGCAUUGCUACUUGUGUUUACAGUGAAUGAAUCUAAACAUUUUACACUUGCAUAUCAUAUCUGCGACGUUCUUGUGCAGACGGCCUCUUACCGGGCUGUGGGAGCUCUUGUCCUACCAUAGCAGACGGCCUGACUUACAUGCUUGUUACACACAUUAAUAAAGAGUGCGUUUUCCGUGUGUUACUACUUGUGCACAUGUACACUUUACAGGUUGGUUAUUCUUAACAGUUUAAUGAGGUUUAGGGCUAAACGGAGAUGUCUCUACAGGCAGACGCACACUGGAGAAUAUCAUAGAUUUUGUGUAAUCGAAGCUCUUUGCAUUUCUCUAUCGUCCUAGUGGAUGCUGGGGUUCCUGAAAGGACCAUGGGGAAUAGCGGCUCCGCAGG